CGGCAUCAUGAACGGAAGAGCAAGAGAAGAGUGCAUUAAUAAUUAUUAUUAAUAAGAACUUCUGAGUUAAAUUAAAAAAGAGUGUCAUAUAAUAACAUGUUAACCACUAUUUCUGCCAUAUCCAGUUCAUAAUAUGUGCCAAAUACAUUAUCUAUGAGUACGGUAUAUGAAGUUUAACGUUAGAACAACACACCAAACAUUCGUGACAGAAACUUCUGAAGUGACUUAUUUUUUAAGAAGGAGAUGAUGAUUCAUACUCAGCCAUCUUAAGACAUUCUGUGUGAUGAUAUAGGAAAAUGAAAAACAAUUGCAACUUUACCGGGAGAUGUUCAUUCCAAAUUGAAAGAGAUAAUGUGGGAGCAUCAGCUCUGGCAAAACGUCUACUCUGUUAUCAUUUUUUUAGCAGGCUGCUGAGGAAAUAGCAAAGAUUUGGGAAGACAAUUUAAUGGAGCUAUCUCCACAUCACAAAGAAAACAUUUCACCGUGACGUCAACAUGAAAAUAGUCAUUCCAUUGUGGCUGGAAGUUAAGCAAGUCACGUCUUCAUAGAGAAAUAAGUUAUAAACAGGCAGGAGCUUGGAACACUUUUCAAGUAAAUGUGUGUGACUUUCUCAUGACCACGGAUUAAACUUUUGUCUGGGAAACAUUUUAGAGGAUUUGUUCCUGCUAUUUGUUUAAUACAUCCUACUCUUGAAACUGGUUUCUUAAAGUACAGAUUUUGUUAUCGUCCGGGGGGUAAGUACAAUUCCAGAACAGCCGAGAGUCUAAGCGCUGUUUGUUCCGGCCAUUGGGAAAAGACAUGGCAUGAGCGAUCCGAGAGAAGCGGACUGCAGGCGAGAUGACUGCGUUUUGUCCGAUUCUUCUGUAACUAUAUCGCCGUAGUUGAACGUGAUGGAACACUCAUCGUCUGAACUGUGUACGCCACACCUGAAGAAGGUUUUAAAGAGUUAUCAGGCUACAGCAGCGGCAAGUUUACACGGACCGAACACUUUAAUGGCAACAACAUUAGAAGUAUCGUCACCGACGGAUAAAAUGGGAAUCGUGACGGUAACAAGCAAAGAGAUAUCGGGGCCAUCCACUGCCAAGGCGGAAAAAAAAGCCUCAUCAGUCGACCAAAAGCUUAGUAAGGAUUAUGAUCCAUUUCUCGCUCCUCCACCUUUUCCAAUUCAACAACCUCCGAUUUUCACACCGCCAGAUAGGAGUCGCUGCAAAAGAUCGGAAACAAUAUUAGAAGGUGAGACCAUAUCGUGUUUUAUCGUCGGAGGAGAAGAGCGUCUCUGCUUUCCUCAAGUGUUGAACCCCGUGCUUCGCGAUUUCAGUUUACCACAGAUAUACAGCGUUUUUGCUGAACUGAAUAUUCACUUCUCCAGUUGCACACAAGAACAACUUGAAAUUCUCAAAGUAGGGGGAGUGUUACCAUUAACUGCUCCAAGUUGUGGCCUCAUUACCAAGACUGACGCCGAAAGACUUUGUGCGGUACUUUUUCAUAAUCAAACGGUCGGGACUGUUCCGAUAUCGGAAACGAAGCCGUGUGAUAAACGUUUAUUUAGUUUCAAAGUUUAUCACGAAUGUUUCGGGAAGUGUACUGGAAUUUUAACCCCUGAUUUAUAUAUUACACCGUACACAAAAUGUAUCGAAUGUGUGGAAUGUCACGGACUGCUGAGUCCUCAGAAAUUCGUAAGACACGUGCAUCGUUUCAGAGAGAAUCGUACGUGUCACUGGGGGUUCGAUUCAGCCAACUGGCGGGCUUAUCUACUGCUGAGCGAAGAUCAGGAUAAUAUUGGACGGCUUCAAGAACACCUCGAAGAUGUGAAAAGAAGGUUCGACUUUUCAAAGGCGUACACAAAGCAACAGGUGCUGGUCGAAGAAGACGUAGACUCGAAAAGGCUAAGAGUGGAAGAACAUCCUUUUCCAUACCCAUUUCCUUCAGUGCCAUGGGACUCGGCCUUAGCCUACUGGUACCAUGCUACAACUGAUCCGUGGACAAGUAUGUCUACUUUCAAACCAUGGGUAUCCGUACCUGCUGUGAGCAGAAGUGGAAACUACCAAUUUUGUGCACCACCUGUGCCAUCUUACUUACCAUAUAUUAAAGGCAGUGUGUCAUCUUUGCUAACCCCAGAAGCUCACCUGUUUCAGAACCAAGAGAGGACUUCCCAAACUUCAACACCUGAAAGGGUUCACAGUCGCUCAUCGUCAACAACACCAGUCCAGAAAAUACGAAAACUUAGCAGUGAAUUUAAAGAGGAGGAUACAUCAGACAUUUGUAACACGAAUGAGAUAGAUUUGAGGAAGAGAAAAGUUACAAAGAAUCAGAAUAACACUCCAGAAACAAAGGAAUCAUCUACAGUGUCUUUGGAACUGGAAGAAACUUGUAGUUCCAGUACAUUGUGUGUAGACACAGACAUAACAGAGAGAUCUUUAAGCGUUAAACUCGACGCCAAAGGAGAAAGUUCUACAUUUGGUAAAGAUUUGGAGAGACUCAAUGAGUUGCUGAAAGCCCACAAGGUUGACGAGAGUCUGUCAUCCAAAAUCAAAAUAGAGGUCAAAGUUUUGCUUUUCUAUUACAAGAAGCAGCUAAUGGAAUCUUUGGAACAGUACAAAUUAUUGCAGAAGGAGCUGGAACACGUUCGUACCAGCAAGAGAGAAAAGUUGCACAAAGCUCAUAGUUCCAAAAAAGCACUUCAGAGGGAGCUCAAAAAGUUGAAACAUCAACAGAACAAUGAAAUCAAAUUACUUGCAAGGCCUGCAGAUGUAGAAAAUACUUCUUCUAAUGAAGAUAAAAGAGAUAAUUACUCUACUCUUCUGAGUCAGAACAAAGCUCUACAGCAGGAAUUGUUUUUAUUGCAGCAAGAAGUUGCACAACUGAAAGAUAGUUUUGUGCCAAAGCAAACCCCAGAUGUUAAGAGAAGUCCACAAACUUUGGAGCCUGGUUCAGAGGAUGAAAAUUCAACAGGAAAAGAAUAAGACUGUAGAGAGAACAGGAAAAAUAAAUGUGAAAUAAAUAAAACAUGCUUUUAGGAGAAACAUGGCCUUACUGUUUCUGUUUUAGGCCAGAAAAAAAAAAGAAACAGAAUUUGGUGUUUAUGCUUUGUUGCAUUUAUAGAUUUGAAUUAGGUGCUCUGAUCGUGGUUUUCCUCACCCCAGGUACGUUUUAUCUCGACUUUGAAUAAGUAGUGAAAUGUAUAAAAAAAACCUAUUGUACAGGGUAACGUGUAAAAACAUCUAGCCACUCGUUAAUUGGCUCAAAAUUAAUAUUUCAAAUUAUUCUACUCUGUUAUAUACUAUAGUACAACCCUUCAUCAUUUACGCAAGUGUUGUCUUUAUAUAAAGAACAACCUGGACUUUUGUAAAACAUUUCAUGUUAGCAGCUGAGAUGGCGUUAGAUCUGUUUGUGUUUGAAUCUAUAAGUACUACCAAGUUUUUAUUUCAGCUUUCCUUGACAUAUUAAACUAGAAUUGUUUUUUUUUUUUUAAGUAAGAGAAGAACUUGUUAGUAAGUACAUUUUCCUGUCUUAAGCCUUUCACUAUUAUUUGAUGCAGAAAAGUGUUUCUCCGCCAAAUUCCCUUCUUUUGUUCUUCCAUUUUAAUAAAUUAUCUUAUUACAAAUUUCAUUUGCAUAAAAAAAAAUAGCAAAAAAAUUAUCUUUUCAAGCCAGUUUUUAUUCUGAUUUAACUUAUCAAGUUAUAUGGUUAUACUUUUAUUUACAGUAGCUUCUAAAAGUAUACUUUUAGCUGGACCUUCCUCUUUCUAGAUCUGUCAGUUAAUAGUUACACCAGAUUAAACUUGUAUAAAACUGUUUAACAGAUCUUUACUGAUUGAUUAUUACCAGUAAAGGGUUAAAUAUAAAUGAUAAGACAGAAAAUUAUUUGAUUAGGGCAUAUUUUUAUUUAAAAAGUACUAAUUAUUUAUCAUACAGACAUGUAAGUUUGUGAUCAUCUAGGGUUAGUAAACAAAAGCUGUAUCUGGACAAUGAGAAAAUAUCUUGGUUAAGUCAUUUUUUUUUGUACAGAAGUUUUAAAAUACACGAAGUAAGAAGCCAGAUAGAAACUAUACAUGUACAUUUUUUUGACUGAUAAAUCUGUGUCUCAUAUUUCAGUGUUGCAGAGUGGAAGUUCGUGUAAUUAUCGAGUUUUAGUCUUUACUUCUCGAUGAUUUUGUCAUCUUAUACCGUAGAAGUUUUGCCACUAGAAAUGUGUAAUGUAAAUAAUAUAAAACAGAGUAUCAUAUAUGUUUCUUUCUUCCAACUUUUAUUGUGUACACAUUUAGUGCACUGACCAUUCUCAGGUACUCAACCCAUCAAAGACGUUACAUGUGCCAGCUAAGCAGUCGAGAAUAUCCAGGAAUCCGUGACGAAGAAAAAUUCAAAGCACAGUAACACAUUCAUGCAUGGCAUAUUAGUAGUUUUUUAAUUAAUAUGAAUGUAAAAACAGUUACAAAUGCUAUCAGUUCAGAUUGGUUUUCCUUUAUAGAGUAUGUAAUUAGUGCCAUAUGUUCAUUGUACUAGAGAGAGAUACAAGUAUAAAAUACCACCUAAUAGGAGAAAGCCAUGUAUCACAGGCAUGGUUUUAUAAACUAUGUCACUACUUAAUUAGUGAUUUUUCUGUGUGUGUGAAGUAGUGGUCAAUUUUGUUGGUUUAACAGGGGGAAAAAAAAAAAUUCCUGCAUUUGUUUUCACUUUAUUUAGUAGAUCCAGUUCCACAGGUUAUGCAUUUUUUGUUGAGACAAUUUCAAGUUUGUAAUUUAUUUUUUUUACGUAAUUAGAAAAUAAACAGUGUAAUAAAAAUAAUUAAGGUAGAGCCUAAAGAAAGACUUUCAGCUUACUAGAACAUGAAGCCCGUAUGUAACUAUAUAUUUUUUUCGUUGUUAAUAGAACAUUUUUCUUCUGUACUUACUGUACAAGUAUUUUUUUAAUUACCCUAAUACAGAUCAGUGUUAAUUCUGGGGUCAUAUACCAUUGAAAAUUGGGUUUAUAUAUUUGUGGUGGAUACAACACAAAUAGCCUAAUUUGUUUAAUAACUCUCAUUAUGCUUGUACUAGAUUAUAAGUCAUAAUAUUUUUCCUUUCUCAGAGUGAAAUAUGAAAAUUAAUUUUUUAUUAUACAUUCCAUCAAAAUACAUGCUUUGGUUUGUAGGUUUUGCCCUGGUUGCCGAAGGCUUAUGACACUAAAAAACAGGUUUCAAAACCUGUAGUGGGCACAUCACAGAUAACCCAUUGUUCACCUUCAUGCCUAACAACAAAUAAAAGAUUACACAUCUAAUUAUGUAUUUCUUGCAGCUCAUAGAAACAAAACUAAAUAAAAAAAUAAUUAUACACUUUAUUCAAUGCUUAACUGGGAUUCAAAGUGUUGAUUUUAUAUAAUGCUGCAGAAAUUUCACUUACCUAUGUUUUGUUUUUGGAUUAGGCUAGAUAGAAGAAAAGUUUCACACAACUACUGCACUUUUUAUUUUUUUAACGGGAAGUUUAACUUUUGAAAUUCUUGCGUAUAUUUGGUAGAAGCACUGCUUAUACAAAGAUUUGAUUGACGAUGUUUCAUCUGGUGUGGCCUAGUAGUGAGGUUGAAAUUACAAAUGAUUUCGUUAUCUGCAUUUAUAUACACAUACAUUCAUAUCAGACAAAUUCUCCAAUAGAAGCAAGGCUUCUCUCGUUUAAGUUUCAGAAAAUAUUUGAUGAGAAACUUUUUUUUUUUAAUCUGACUUAAUGCUGAAUUUGUUUAAAAGAGUUAGAUAUUUCAAAUAUAUAGUAUUGGUUUCUGUUCUUAUCUCACUGUCCGACCAUCGAGGUUUUGCCAAAAGGAUUUGUAUAGGUUAAUAAAACUAAUACUCAUCUCUUACUCAGUUUUCAAAUUAAAAUUUAGUAUUUUAAAGAGAGGAAACUAAACUUUUCACACCCAUUUUGUACCACAUCCCAAUAUUCUAAGACUUCAAAUUUGGGACUGCAGUUCAGAAAAAAAAAAAAAAAGAGGAUAAAUGGGUAGCAUAACAAUUAAUGUGGGGGUUGACCUAUUAUAUGCUGUAAAAACCAAGUUAUGAUAGUUGUACUUGUUUGAAACUGGAAUACAUUUUCCAUGACUUGGAGCAAAUCCAGAGAUUAACUGUUAUUUCACUGCUCACAAGGUUCAUCUUGUAUGUACAUUUUAAACAGUGUACCAUCUUUUUUAGUGGUAUACCAGAUAUUCAUUUGUCAUGUGCACUUAUAUGGGGUCAUUUUUUAAAUCUUUUAAAGAGCCUGUUGUUGUUUGUGUGUGUACCCAUUUAAGUCACGUUUUAUUUAAGAACAGUUCUAUUUCUUGUCAUUACUUGCUGUUGCUUCUUAAAGAUGACUUAGUCAUUCGUUACAUUGUCAUUGAUUGUACAUAAAAGCUCACAUUUCUGCAUUGGUUUCCCUGCAAAUUAGUACUGAGAGGGAAAUAUUACUUAUUAUAUUUUAUAUAUUGGUAUGCAUUCAAAGUGGAUAUGCAAUAUAACACGGCAACAUCCCAAAUAACUGGUUUAAAGAGAACCAAAUUCUAUUUAAAUCGAUUAUUUGGGAUGUUGCCAUGUUAUAUUGCGUAUCCACUUUCUUUGAUUUCAUUCUUUAAUGAAUAUAUAACAAUAGUUUCUCAGGUUUCUUUUUAAAAUUUAAUGUAAGAAAACAAGUUAGGCUGUAAAUGGAAAGAGCAUUUUGUCUAGUAUAUACUAUAUGUUGGUUGCUUGUGCUCCUGUCCCUUAGUUUGUAUAUUAUGUUACAAAUGUGGUUUACCGUAUGGCCGAGUAUUUUUUUUUGGUGGGUUUUUUUUUGAAAGAGAAGAAAAUAUUCCAUAUGGAAUAGAGUUGGAGUAGUGAUCACAUAUUAAAUGUAUUUCUUAGAACAGUUAUUUCAUGGGUACCGGUGAACUUGGAAAUAAGCAAUGAAUAGAAGGUUUAGCGUACGCCUUUUCUCAUAAUGUCAAAGUAUUUGCACGUAAAAUUCUUGGACUUGUCUUUACUUUCAGUUUUUGUGUGGACUUGGUGCUGUUGUUGUUGCCUUAAAAAAGUAUCAAAAAAUAAUGUAAUGCUCAACAUAUUCAACCUGUUUUUGUGUCAUAAGUAUUAGUUAAAUAUUUGCUAUUAUUAAUGUAUAAUGUUUUUCUUUGGCACUUAUUUUCACUCAUAAUAAAAAUGACAGUCUUCUGGUACGAAACCAGGCCGCUCUUGUUGUUAGUACAAUACUAACUAGAUUUUCAUGCCAUAUUAUUGUGUGUUUCUUACAGUACUACAAUGUAGAGGGAGCAGUUUUCAUAUGUAAUUCAAAGCAAAAAAACAAUCUGCUUUAAAUAAAUUUAAACAUUAAUCAUGUUAAGAUAUUGGUUCUCGAUUUAGUGUUGUGCAAUUAGGGUAAAAAUGUUAAAAGCUGUUUUAGUUGAAGUUUUACAGAAGAACUUAGCACACACAGACAAAAAGAAUUGUGAUGUAGUAAAGCCCUCUACGUAUUUCUCAACCGCCACUCGUCAAAAAGAAGAACUGUCGAACAUCAAUUUACAGUACAGCUUGUGUCAUUUCUCAAGUGUCGGGUUACUUUUUAUCUGUAUUUAAGCUGAAAAAAGGCUUACAUGUUUGUAUAGCCAUAUAGUUGCCCUCAGUCAGAGAGCUAUUUUUGUGGAUUCCAAACUAUCAACUUCUUUUUAUGUCUGUUAAUUAAAAAGUAAGUAUUGACAAAAGGAA